AGAACUGCCUGUCUACGGGAGCAGGAUAAUCCUAAAUUUUUUGGGGCACAUUCAUCAACGCGGAUGUAUAUUUUGGUUAUUUUUGCUGAGUGGUUUCCUGUGAGUGCCUGGCGAACUUAACCAGCGGCGGUGCGAAAGACGGGAUCAAUUUUAUUUUUGUUAUUUUUCCAAGUUAUGGCACACGGGCUGAUGUCGUAUUGCUGGACAGUGAUAUACUCCGGAAAGUGUCAUGAACACUGAAGACGAUCCUCAAGUGCGCCCUUUGGAAGCGAGUUGGGAACACAUUGGAACACAUAACCAUCCCCAAUUACAAGAAGUAGACUGAGAUGUACGCAGCAAGAGGCUGAACUACCUUCAACAACUCGGCGACAAACUGCAGCCUUUGAAAGCAUGGACAUGAGCGCACACUGUUUUCAGCCAGAUAACAUUUUCGGACCCGCUACUGGAAAUAUCUUUUCCCUAAACCAUUAAACCAGAAAAAGAAGGAACGAUGGCCGUUCUGUAAGUUUUCCCACACACCGACCUGACACAUAAACAUCAACUAGAUUUUAUCAUAGCCUCCUUUUUAAUGAAAGCAACUUGUGCGUUGUGAUAGUGGUGAACAUUUAACCUUUCGUAGGAGGUGAGGUUCAACUUCUUAAGAGGUGAGAAUGAGUUCAGCUGCAAAACUCAGCCUCAUCUAUGUGCUGCUUGUCUGCUGGAGCUGUGGAAGCCUGGCCAUUAGCUCAAUAGAUCCCGAUCGGUCAGGAGAGGGGGGAUGUCAACACAUCAACAUCCCCCUGUGUAAAGACAUUGGCUACAACAUGACUCGCAUGCCAAAUCUGAUGGGCCAUGAGGACCAAAAAGAGGCAGCCAUUAAGCUGCAUGAAUUUGCCCCGCUUAUAGAGUUUGGAUGCCACAGUCAUCUUAAAUUUUUUCUCUGCUCCUUAUAUGCUCCCAUGUGUACGGAGCAGGUGUCCAACCCCAUCCCAGCCUGUAGGGUUAUGUGUGAGCAGGUCAAGCUUAAGUGCUCGCCCAUUUUGGAACAGUUUAACUUCCCGUGGCCUGAGUCUCUAGACUGCUCUCGGCUGCCCACCAAAAAUGACCCCAACAACCUCUGCAUGGAGGCCCCCAACAACGGGUCGGACGAACCUCCCAAAGUCUCCCACACCCAGCCUCCAGAUUUCAGGCCACAGCGGCCCCUGAACGGGCAGGACCUGCACCUGAAGGGCAGUGGCAGCAAGGAGACAUGCAGCAACCCUGGCAAAUUCCACUAUGUAGAGAAGAGCGAGUCCUGUGCCCCCAAAUGUUACCCUAAAGUGGAUGUAUACUGGAGUCAGGGUGACAAGCAGUUCUCCCUGGUGUGGAUGGCCAUCUGGUCCAUCCUCUGCUUCGUCUCCAGCUCCUUCACUGUGCUCACGUUUCUCAUCGACCCACAGCGCUUCAAAUACCCCGAGAGGCCGAUCAUCUUCCUCUCAAUGUCCUACUGUGUUUACUCUGUGGGCUAUCUCAUCCGGCUUUUUGUGGGGGCUGACAGAAUUGCCUGUGACAGGGACAGCGGGGUCCAGUAUAUUAUUCAAGAGGGUCUGGAGAGCACGGGUUGCACCAUUGUGUUCCUCAUCCUGUACUACUUUGGCAUGGCCAGCUCCCUCUGGUGGGUUAUCCUGACCCUCACAUGGUUCCUGGCUGCAGGGAAGAAGUGGGGCCACGAGGCCAUCGAGGCCAACAGCAGCUACUUCCACCUGGCUGCGUGGGCCAUCCCCGCCGUGAAGACCAUCAUGAUCCUGGUGAUGAGGAAGGUGGCAGGGGACGAGCUGACGGGCGUCUGCUAUGUGGGCAGCAUGGAUGUCAAAGCUCUCACAGGCUUUGUGCUCAUCCCUCUCUCCUGCUAUCUAAUCAUCGGCACGUCUUUCCUCCUGUCCGGCUUCGUGGCCCUCUUCCACAUACGUAAAAUCAUGAAGACAGAGGGAGAGAACACGGACAAGCUGGAAAAACUGAUGGUUCGCAUUGGGGUUUUCUCUGUGCUCUACACUGUCCCGGCCACCUGUGUCAUCGCCUGCUAUUUCUAUGAGCGGCUCAACAUGGACUACUGGCGCAUCCUGGCAGGGGAGCAGAAGUGUGUGGACAGCAGCGGGCCAGAGUCAGAGGAGUGUGUUAUGAAGACUUCUAUUCCCGCCGUUGAGAUCUUCAUGGUGAAGAUCUUUAUGCUGUUGGUGGUGGGCAUCACUAGCGGCAUGUGGAUCUGGACCUCAAAGACCCUGCAGUCGUGGCAGAAUGUGUUCAGCAGGAAGCUGAAGAAGAGGACGAGGAGGAAGGCUGCCAGUGUGUUCACCAGCAGCGGGUCUUACAUCAAACCUCACCCAUCUCUCAAAGGGCACAGUACUAAGUAUGAGCCCACGCGACCCCCUCCCACAUGUGUAUGAGCUGGCUCUCUUUGUGUAAACCCAAAAAUACUUGUAAAGCCCUUACCUAAAUGAGACAUUGUAAUCAGAGUGCCAUCAAAAGAAACAAGGUUCAUGUUUUAUUUAUGCAAACUGCAUUGAAGAUAAUGCAACGUGUUUUUUUUUUUUUUUGUUGUUUUUUUUUUUGUUGUUGUUUUUUUAUGCUUUUUAUGGAUCUUGAACCAUCUCAUGCAACAAGAGCUGCUUUUGUUGGAGAAAAAAAAAUCUGCUACUCCUGGAAUCACUUAUCCCAUUGAGGAACUUAGUAGAGAAAAAAAAAUCUUAUUGUUCCCAAGACAAAAAGAGUGGAAUAAACCAUUUGGAUGUGCCAUGGGGUUGCUUGAAUAAUGUGCAAUAGAUGUUUUCCUUACUGGCAAAAAAGACACUUGUACUGUUAGUGACAGAUUACAGACAGUGAAAGGACCCCACAGACAAUGGGAGCAAAUGGUCUGAGAGAUGAGUGUUGCGUUUGGAAGCUUUUUAAUGGAAAUCGCGGCAGUGUCAUAUAUGUUUGAACUGGAGCGAGAGCAGCUGUUGAAAAGCGCUCGAGACCUUAUGAACUGCCCUUUGUGAGGCAAAUUCAUGCCAUAAAUUAAUCAAGCACUCGUUAUUGAAAAAGUUAUUUGUACACACAGUUGAGUUACCCCUUUUUUUCUUUGCUGUUUUAUAGCACAAGGGAACAUUUGUAUAUAUUUCUAAAAGUUCAUAUUUUAUAGAAAAUUAAUAAAACGUUCUAGUUUUAAAUGUUUGUAAAACUGGAA